GGAACAACAUACUAAAGGUGGUGGAUAGUUACACGGACCUGUGGCUAGAAAUUAUUCAUGGCCUGCUGCAGGACUCGCCCAGUGCCUCGCGUGUCCUCGGGCUCUGGUCAGGCCCACAACACACCUGUAACACCAACCAAUCAGAAGAGGGCAUUAGUGCGUCAAGGAACAGGGCGUUAAAGCUUGGACCAAUUAGAGGCCAGGAAGGUGUCAACAAAAAUGCAAGAGCCAAUGGGAAGGCUGGGAUAUGUAAACAAGGGUGUCACCACCUUGCACCCACCACAACUCCACCCUGCUGACGAGUCUGCUGGGCCUCCCUCAACACGCAACAGCACCUCAGCACGCUGCCAGGGCAAGUAGGACACCAGGUUGCCUUGUGGCCUGCUGACUGCUGAGUGCACAGUAAUGUUUGAGAAAAAAAGAAAUGCCAGUCAUGUAUACCAAGAAAGUAAUAGAGGAUGAAGAAAUGGGGAUGGAACAGAAAAUUAAGAUGAAGAAGAAAAGAAAGCAAGAUGAAGAAGAGUCGCUUGUUGACACUAAUGUAAAGAAAAAAAAGGAGGGGGAGGACAAGGUUAAGGAUGAUGAAGACGAGAGAAGGACGUACACAAAGAGAAGGAGAAAAGACAGUGAUGGUGAUACUGACUGGAAUGCAAGAUGUGAAGACAAUGCAGAAAUUUUUAGAGCAAGAGCCAUAAAUAAAAGAGAAAUGACAGAAGAAGGAGGGGAACUAGUGACACAUAAAAAGAAGAAGAAAAAGAAAAAGGAGACCAAAGAGAAACCUGAAGAUAGUGAAGGAAGUGAAGCACAUUUCAAAGCAAAGAAAAAGAAGAGAAGAGAAGCAGAGGAAGAGGCAGAGAUAUCACAGCCAUUAUCAGAAUCUUCCUUCACUUCAUAUCUUGUAAAAGAGAAAAGGAAGAGAGACAAAGGAGGAAGAGGAAGAGAAGGGGAAGAAAAUAUGUACUCUUCUGAAGACCAUACAUUCAUUAUGCCAGAAAGAAGAGAAAAGCAGAUAGGUGAAGAUAACAAAGGAGGAAAGAGUCAAAGAAGGAAGAAAAAGAGAGGAGCUGGUAAAGAAGGAAGGAGAGAAAAAACAAACUCACACUCAAGCCAAAGAAUAGGUGAAGGAGGGAUAGAAAUGAGUGACGGAGGAAAUAGGGAGGAAGAAAGCACAAGAUUAACUGAGAAUGCAUCUCACUUGAAGAAAACAGAGGAAGAACAGGAAAGACUCAAGAAAAGACAAAUAGAAGAUGUAUCCUACUCAAAGAAAAUGGAAGAAUGGGAAAGACUAAAGAGAAGACAAAUAGAGGCCAUAUCUCAAGAAGAGGAGAGACUAACAGAAAGCAUAUCCCACUCAAGGAAAAUGGAACAAGAACGGGAGAGACUAAAGAAAAGACUAUGUGGUGGAAUUUCUCGCUUAGCCUACAGUGGAAUGCUUGGCUGGGAGACAGAUACCUCUGUUGAUGACAUUGAUUAUAGUGAUGAUUUGUACCACCAGCCGAGGAGGGUUCUCAAGGAAAGGAUGACCCUGGAGAGGAAUGCUGCAGCUGCCGAGGUCGAAGGCCAAGUUAUUUAUAGUGAAGGAGAGGAGAUCGAUGGCUUUGUGCCCAGUUUGAGGUGCUCUGCAGAUGGUGAGGAUGAGGGGUGGGUAACCGUGGAGGUCCCCAGCAUGCACCGGAGUUUCCCAGGGUUCAUCCUUCAGCAGAGGGACAUACCCACCCUGGAGGAGGCCACUUACAAGUUUCCCCAAAGUGCUGGCAUUGCGGAGGAGGAGGUGGAGGAGGUGCAGGAAUAUGAGGACUACUGGAAGAUAAAGGACAUGGUUUUCCAGCCAUCACGUUACACAGAGGAAGCCAAGAAGUACAUUGAUGCCAAGCUACAGUACACUGAAGACUACUUUGAAAGGUUGGAGAGUGGCAACCUCACCCCUGCUGAACUGAGUGAAACCAGGCCGGACAACUUUGAUGACCCCUUCUACCCUACACCACAGCAGCUCGAGUUCCUUAACAACCUGAACAUCACGGUGGACUGGCCACUGAGUGAACUGCACCUGCACCACCUGACCACCUACACCCUCUCUUCCAAGACCUAUGCUGAGUGGCAUUCCAUGGGCAUAUUAGUGGAGUCAUCACGCUUCACUCUUCGGGAGGACAAGAUUCUUGCCCGGAACUGGUUUGCGUUUCAGAAGGAGUACGGCUUCUACGACCUGCGUCCAUUGGUGUCGGCACGGACGGGCAGAGUGCUGCGCGAGUGUGGUAGGGUGAUGGUGCAGCCCUUUGAGUACCUGAGUCAGAGGAACAAGGUGCACUUCCUCCUCUACCUGGGCAAGGAUCUUCCCCAUCGCACCCUGAACCUUAUAUACAGGAAGGCAAGGAAGCUGCUGCCAUUUCUCCGAGGGCGGUGUCUGAUGAGGAAGGCCCAGCGAAUGACGGGCUUAAUGUUGGCUAAGCUACAGUAUGUGAUGGAGAUCUUUGGUACUGACAUGCUGGCUGCAGAACUCCUCAUUGGCCCUCCACUCAGCUCAUUCUUCAGUGUUUGCUUUCUGAACCACUUCAUGCUGAGGAAUAUCAAGUUGCGCAUUGGACCAUGGAAGAAGGCGGAGGACCAACGGAUGCUGCAAGGUCUAAAGCAGGUGAUGAAGGUGCAGAGCUUUGAGAUGGCGUACCACCUGAGGAAGAUUCCGUGGAUGCAGAUCUUUCCUUAUGUCAGGACCAGGAAUCCAACGUACAUGAGAAGACGGAUGAAUAUUCUGGCUGGCAGGAGUGGGGAGAAGUACAGCGUGUCGGUGAUGAGGCAGGAGAUGGUGAAGUUCAUCCGUCUGCUGUACAGUAAGCAGGUGGACAACUUUCAUGGCCUGGACUGGGAGGGCCUGGCCAGGGAGAUGGACUCGGCUAAUCCCAUCAGGCUGAGUUGGAGUUUCAGAAAGCUGUACUUCAACCACAUCCCUUACAAGCACAGGAUUACUGUGCCAGAAGGGCUCCAGUACAUGUAUGACGUCUUCAUUCCUUACUAUGAGAACUUAACUCAGGCAAAUGAUGCUGAGUUUCAAGGCACCCAUCACCUCAACCCUGAACACCCUGACCUUGGCAACCCUGAUGACCCUGACCCUGGUAACCCUGAUGACCCUGACCCUGGUAACACUGAUGACCCUGAUGAGCCUGACCUGAGCAUUGGUCCCGGUGAGAGGAGUGAGGUCAGGAAUAGCAUUUGUGGCCUUAUUCCUGGCAAUUGUGGCCUUGGUGACCUUAGUGGUGUAGAUGGUGAGAGACAAGGCUGCAUUACACACAGCAGAGGAGAUGGUAGUGGUGACAGUGACCUCAGGAGCAGAGAUGAGGUCAGGAGGGAACAAAGUGACCUUAGAAACUCAAGAAAGGUCAGUGAUAGCAAUUUAAGUGACCUCUCAACAGAACUAAACAACCAUAACUCCAAGAAGGUCAAAGAUCACUAUCCAGAUGACCCCAGGAACAGGAGGAAGGUCACAAAGAAACAGAGUGACCUUCAAAACUCAAGAAGAAAGGGCAGAAGGAACCACCAAGAUGACCUCACAAGACCAUUGAGGAUGACCCGGGAUGACCUAACACAACUCGGUAAGCCUCCUCUGCAGGAACUACAUGAUCUCACCUGCAUCCCUCCCCAGUGUGACCUAGGUACCUUGAACGUCGACCUCUCAGACUCAGACGAUGACCUGGCCUGGGGGAAUGAUGGGCUUGAGUUUGAGGAGGUCACGUUAGGUCAGGCUUUAGGGAGAGAUGUUGUGUGUGUCAAGGGAAGUAGAUAAAAAGGUGUUUGUUUUGUGGGUACCUUCAUUUGACUUUCUGGUUCCAUGUUGUAAAAAGGGUAUAUAGUAGUAGUAGUAGUAGUAGUAGUAGUAUCAUUAUAUGAAAAAAGUCAUUUCAUGAUGUAAAACUGAACAUAACAGGACAAGCAGUAGUAUCAUCAUCAUCAUCAUUAUCAUCAUCAUCAUCAUCAUCAUCAUCAUCAUCAUCGUCAUCAUCAACAUAGGAAAAAAAGUUGCUUCCUAAGCCUUACAUAACCUAACCUAAUCUCACCAAACAACACUGAAUAUAUUAAGAGAGGACCAAAUGGAGGUAAUGAAGCAUCCUAAGGAAUUGUAAUUUAACCAAACCUAACGUAACCUAACUUAAUGUAACUGAAUAACAGUGAAUAUUAAAUCUUUUCUCUGGUAUCUAAACCUUAUGGAGAUCUCAGCCUGUCAUUAUCUUCUGUCACUUAAAUGAUAGAUAAUAGAUGGGCAGGUUAUUAUAAGCAUUACCAUUGUUAUUAUUAUUAUUAUUACUAUUACUUUUAUUGUUAUUGUUACCAGUGCCUUGUCUUGAAGCAGCACCAAGUUAGUUUAAGAGUAGACAAAGGAGCAGACGGAUUAUAACUAUUCUUUCUAAAAUAAACUGACUGAG